AACAAACCAAUGAAAUCCAACCACACUCAAACCACCAAGAAUUUUCCAGCUCAACCCUAUAUAUAAAAAUCAACCGCCAUCCCACAACCCAAUAAGCACACCCUCCCUCAAAGUACUAGAAACAAAAGGACAAGAAAAAUCAAAGCCAAAGCCAAAAUGUCCCAACAAACCCUCUUCACCUCCAUGUCCGACUUCGUAACAAAAUGCAUGUCAGGACACGACCCCUCCCACAACCCCCAACACGUGCACCGCGUCGUCUCCCUCGCCAAAAGAAUCCUGGCUUCUGAAACAGCCCGGAACCCCUCCACACCCCUGAACGCAGACGUGGUGCAUCUUGCAGCCCUCCUGCAUGACAUCGGGGACCGGAAAUAUCUGUCUCAGGUCGCCGCCAUCUCGGAUUCCAUUCCAUGCAAGGGAGACGCAGCUAGCUCAGAGACGGUUGAUCCUCAUCGGCUGGUGUAUUCGGCCCUGGUGUCGCAUGGGGCGGACGAGGAAUUGGCCGAACGGGUGCAGAUGAUCGUCUCGCAUGUUUCCUACACGACGGAGCGGUCGGAUCCGGAGAAGGUCCGGCAGUUGAUUCGAGAUGGGUAUCCGGAGUUGGCCAUCGUCCAGGAUGCGGACCGCUUGGAUGCCAUUGGCGCAGUGGGCAUCGGCCGGUGUUUCACUUUCUUGGGAGCCAAGGGGAAGAACUUUUGCGCCGACGGGAUGUGGGUGAUGGGGAAUGCAAUCGAUCAUUUUGAGGAGAAGUUGGAGAGGCUGGAAGGCAUGAUGAAGACGGAGACGGGUCGAGAGAUGGCCAAAGUGCGCACGGUGAGACUCAAGGAGUUUCGCGAGUGGUGGGCGGACGAAAUGAGUGAAGCUGCAUAGGAAGGAUAGAUUCAAUUAUGAAAUGGCAAUCAAUGCGAGUUAGAUUAACCUAUAGACACGAGGUCCGAAAUCAUGCUAUCCAGUCUAUAGAUUCUCAAUACACUAUUGGGUAUGGGACAGGUGACGAUAUUAUCUGCGGUGAAUACAUGCGCACAGAGAAAAGAACGUAUGAGGUCGAAUGACCUGAUGCAGAAC